AUGGAGGACCAGUCACAUAAGCCUCAUCGCAAGGCCAAGGAGAAGAAGCAGCAGUCCGGGGAUCGCAACCCCAAGGCCUUCGCCGUCUCGAAUCCCGGCAAGCUCGCGAGACAAGCCGCCAGAUCCUCAGACAUCAAGGAGAAGCGUCUCCAUGUCCCCCUCGUCGACCGCCUGCCCGAGGAGGCGCCCCCGCGCCUCGUCACCAUCGUCGGCCCGCCCGGCGUUGGCAAGACCACCCUCCUGAAGUCUCUGAUCCGCCGAUACGCCAAGGAGACCCUGUCCGAGCCCCAGGGCCCCAUCACCGUCGUCACCUCCAAGAAGCAGCGCCUCACCUUUGUCGAAUGCCCCAACGAUCUCGAGGCCAUGGUCGACAUGGCCAAGAUUGCCGACAUCGUGCUGCUGAUGAUCGACGGCAACUACGGCUUCGAGAUGGAGACCAUGGAGUUCCUGAACAUACUCUCCGCCACCGGUAUGCCCGGAAACAUCUUUGGUGUCUUGACCCACCUGGAUCUUUUCCGCAAGCCUCAGGGACUCAAGGACGCCAAGAAGAGACUCAAGCACCGCCUCUGGAGGGAGCUCUACGCUGGUGCCCACCUCUUCUACCUGUCCGGUGUCAUCAAUGGCCGUUACCCCGACAGAGAAGUCCACAACCUGUCGCGUUUCCUGUCCGUCAUGAAGAAUCCCAGGCCCCUGAUCUGGCGCAACAACCACCCGUACAGCAUCAUCGAUAGCGUCAGGGAUGUGACCCAUCCCACCGCCAUCGAGGCCGACGAGAAGUGUGACCGCACCGUCGCUCUCUCUGGCUAUCUGCGAGGAACUAACUUCUCGGCCAAGGGGCAGCGGGUCCACAUUCCUGGCCUGGGGGACUUCACCGUGAAGAGCAUGGAAGCCUUGCCAGAUCCUUGCCCCACUCCUCAGAUGGAACAAGCCAUUGCAAAGGCCACGGGAAAGACAGGCCGGAGGCGCUUGGAUGAGAAGGAGAAGAAGCUCCAUGCUCCUAUGAGCGACCGCAGUGGCCUGAAGAUCGAAGGCGAUGCUAUUUGGAUCACACGCGAGAAGGGCUUCAACUUCGACAAGGAUGAUGUGGAGGGAGAGCGUGGCGAGGGAGAAGAGCUCAUCGUCGGCCUCCAAGGCGAGAGGAAGCUUCUCGGUCAGACCGAGGAUGGCAUGCAGCUGUUCCGUGGGGGCGAGAAGAUCUCCAGUGUUCCCGAGGAAGAGGAUACCGGCCGGAAGAAGCCAAGAUCUGCGAGGUUCGCUGAAAGAGAAGAGAAUGACGACGACUUGCCCGAGGACGAAGGGUUUGGUAGCGGCGAAGAUGACGAAAACGAAGACGGCGUCUCGGACGAAGAGGCUGAGUUUGACGAGAAGAAGUUGGGCAGCAUGUUCCGCAAAGAAGCAGACAAGGCCGGCAAGGAAGAGGACGUAGCAUUUGCUGAUAGUGACUCUGAUUUGGGAUCGCUUUCUGGCGAUGAUGAUGAAGAGGUCAACUCAGAAGACGACUUUGAUGACGAGGAUGACGAAGAAGCUGCCGCGCUUCGCUGGAAGGACAACCUGACAGAGAGGGCCCAUAAGCUUCACGGCAACCGUCCAUCGUACCGAACGGCUGACCUGGCCAGGCUGAUGUACAAUGAAUCCCUUACUGCGGAGGAGAUUCUCAAACGUUGGAAGGGCGAAGUUGAUGAGGCAGAAGAGUCCGAGGAGGACAUUGAGGCUGACUCUGAGGACGAAGAGUUCUUCAAAAAGACUAAGCAGGAGAAGGACGAUAGUACGAGUGACGACCGCCCGAUCCCCGUCUACGACUACGAGCAACUCGAAGCCAAGUGGUCAACUCCCGACAACGUCGAACUGCUGAGACAGCGCUUCACCACUGCUACACUUGGCGCAGGAGACGGCGAAGAAGGAGAUGACGAUUUUGACGGGUUCGGUGAUGACGAUGACGAAGGUGACGGCGAGUUCGAGGAUCUCGAGACCGGUGAGCAACACAAGGCAGAGCCAAAGCCGGCCAUGAGCCUCGAGGAAGAGCGUGCCCGGAAUGCCAAGCGUAAGGAGGAGCUGAAGUUGCGCUUCGAGGAGGAGGACAGGGAAGGUUUCUCCAACGACAAGGCGAACGCCCGAAGAGAAGCCGGAAAUGAUGCCGAGGAGUUCGGAGAGGAUGAUUGGUACGACGCACAGAAGGCGCUUAUUCAGAAACAACUCGACAUUAACAAGUCCGAGUUCGAGGCCCUGGACGAACGGCAACGUGUCGCCGUUGAGGGAUACAAGGCUGGCAAGUACGCCAAGAUCAUCAUCGAGUCGGUGCCGGCCGAGUUUGUUGAUAACUUCAACACGAGGUUGCCCGUUAUCGUGGGUGGCCUUGCACCUACGGAGGACCGCUUCGGCUACAUUCAGGUCCGCAUUAAGCGUCACAGGUGGCACAAGAAGAUCCUCAAGACGAACGACCCCUUAAUCUUCUCGCUUGGCUGGAGGAGAUUCCAGACGAUGCCAAUCUACAGUACGACGGAUUCACGGACACGAAACCGCAUGCUCAAGUACACCCCCGAGCACAUGCAUUGUUUUGCAACUGUCUAUGCUCCCCUCAUCGCCCCCAACACGGGUUUCGUGUGCUUCAACUCGUUUUCUUCUGCGAACCCGGGAUUCCGUAUUGCCGCGAGCGGUACUGUGCUCAGCGUUGACGAGUCGACCGAGAUUGUCAAGAAGCUGAAGCUCACCGGUGCACCGUACAAGGUGUACAAGAACACAGCCUUCAUCAAAGACAUGUUCACUUCCUCGCUCGAGAUUGCCAAGUUCGAGGGCGCUGCCAUCAAGACGGUCAGUGGAAUCAGGGGUCAGAUCAAACGAGCUCUUUCCAAGCCUGAGGGACACUUCCGAGCUACCUUUGAGGACAAGCUUCUGAUGUCCGACAUCGUCUUCCUGCGUGCCUGGUACCCCAUCAAGCCGCACCGCUACUACAACGUCAUGACGAACCUGCUCGGUUCAUGGCAGGGCAUGCGCCUCACCGGCGAGGUCCGACGCGACCAGGGCAUCGCGACCCCGAUGGAGAAGAACAGCAAGUACCGGACCAUCGAGCGGCAGACGCGCCACUUCAACGCUCUCAAGGUGCCCCGCGCCCUGGCGGCCGAGCUGCCCUUCAAGUCGCAGAUCGUGCAGAUGAAGCCGCAGAAGCACAAGACGUACAUGCAGAAGCGCGCCGUGGUGCUCGGCGGCGAGGAGAAGAAGGCGCGCGACCUGCUGCAGAAGAUCACGACGAUCCGCAAGGACACGGACGCCAAGCGCCGCGCCAAGAAGGAGGAGAAGCGCGCCGAGUUCCGCAAGAAGAUGGCCCUCAUGGGCGAGAAGAAGGAGGCCCGCGAGAAGCGCGAGAAGAAGGAGUACUGGGAGCGCGAGGGCCGCAAGAGGAAGGCUGGCGACGAGGGCGGUGGCGGCAAGAGGAGGAGGUAA